AUGCGCGUGCGCGAAGCGAUCAAACCCCCCAACACACACACACCGGAAGUGAUUGCCCUGUGCGUCUGCACCGGGUUCCGACGCUUCCGCUUCCGGGGUGGCGGCGGCGGGCGGCUGUGGAGGCCGGGAGGGCUCGGCGGCGGAGGUGCCUGGGCGCGAACUUGCCUCCCCGGGGCAAGAAGCGGGAGCCGGAACGGCGGGAGUGGAGCUUCAGGUGCGGCCUUGGGGGGCUCCGUGAGGAGAGUUAGGGAGCGGGGGCGCGAGGCUGGCUCGGUGCGACGGAGCCGCUGGCGGGACCCCCUGCAAGGAGCCCGUUCGUGGCGAACCCUCGCGGGGAGCCGGUUCUCCCUCCUGUUCCUGGGCAGGCGCGACCCGCGUGCGCGGAUGCUGUGGCGCUUGCACGGUUGUUUUUUUGUGUGUGUUUUGUUUGGCGCACGACCUUCUCGCUCGCUGGGUUCCCCGCUGCGCACCUGCAACCCGUUGGUGCCGGGAACUCCUCGUGCAUUUAUAUUUAUAUUUUUUUGCAAUAAGGAGAAGGGAUUUUUUGGGGGGGUGCGGAGGCUGUUGUGCCUUAAAACUGAUGGCCGAGCAACGGCUCAGGAGGCCGCUGCUUUUGGAUUUUUGCAUCAGCCACAAGAGCGCAGGACAUCUCGUGCAGGAGGCGGGUAAUAACGCUGACACACGUGCGCACACUCGCGCUUCUUAAGCACCUCAUCAAUAGGAAGCGAUAUUGUUCCCCGUGUUCAUAUCCCAGGCUUUAUCCAAGCAACGGAGGGUUUUUUUUGCAGAGGUAGAAUUCACCUCUACUUCCUUAAUUCAUAUACCCUGGUGAGGCAUCAGAGGUUGUCAAGGCUAGGGCUGCUUCAGCAAUGUUAGAUUUCUACAUGGGAGUAGAGUUUCCAUGCAGGAAUUAAUAUGACGAUUAGAACAUGGGAUGCCAUGUGUUGGGUUUUGGUGGGUGUGUAAAGGAGUGGGGCUUGUCACAGAAAGAGCCAUAUGUGUGACAGGUUGCUCUCCUUUAUGUUUGAAAUGGCAUCCUGGACUUAUUUCCUCUCAAAUUGCGAUGCCCACUUUUGCCACAGAGUUCUUGUCUGAUUCUGUAGUGUCAAAUGCCAAACACAGCAACUUCUAAAUAUUUUUAAUUAUCUUUGCAUAUACUUGUUCCUUGUUCCUCCCUUUUCUCUCAUUCUUCUUCAUUCCCUUUCCCUCACCUCCUGAAAUUUGCAACAGAAUUUAGGUUGUGAGCUUGUUAGGGCAAUUUUGCUUAUGACACCAAACAGUAUGCAUGUUGGUGGUGAUGUGUAAGUUAAAAUUUUUGAACAUUAUAAUCUUUAUGCAGGUUUUAUAUUAAUCCUUACACAGCAACAGAAUUUAGCAAAACACUUAAUGAGUUCUUGCACAGAACUAUAAAGGGUGUUACUUAAUGUUGUUUAAGGAUCUCAACAACUUGCAGCUGAACAUAAACACACAGCUGGUCUAAUAAAAUAAAAGCAAUUGCCCUUUUACAUAAAGAUUUAAGAACCUUUCCAAUAAAAUAGUUUGCUGGUAGUAUUAGCCUAUACCUGGGCCAUUGAGACCCUCAAACCUUUUAUGUUGUUCCCACCCUGAACCAGUGCUAGAAACAGAUAUGAAAUCUAGGAGCUAAAUGACACCUUAAACAGAGGUUAUGGGCGCAGCAACAGAAUGUCUAGGUGUGCUUUUUAAUAACAAGAAUACAAAGCUGAAAACGAAUAAACUGCAGCUUAAAUAUUACAGUAUGUCCAUUUUUCACAUGGUCUAGUCCUUCCCCUGCCCGCCCGCCCCUUAUAUUCUUAAGAGGGUCUCUUCUCCAGUCUUCAGAGAGUAGCUGGAAGUGGGGAGGCAGAAAAAGGUCCUCCUUUCCUUCCACGCUACAGUUUUAAUCUGAAAUCUUAGGCUCAGUACUGUGCCCAGAGCUCAGAAACUGCCGGCCAUAAUGAAAUUCCCUUCACAAAAUGCACCUAGAACAAGGGGAGUUUUGAAUACUGCCCCGAACAAAUGCAUAGGAAGACAAGCUACCAUAAAGAAUGCUGUCCAAACGAAGUGAGAUUUUUCAGUUGAGGGCAGAGGGAUUUCUGGACAUGAGAUGCUAGUCAUCCACGCUAUGGAAGAGCGAAGGAAGAGGUAGGUCUCAAGCUGGCACUACAAGGUAGUGAUUUAUUUUGUGAAGGUUGCUUAAUACUUCACAACCAUAGGUCCUCCUCAGGGAGAAAAGUGUCUUCAAUCUAUCCUGUUCCACAGUAAAAAUAUCCUCAAUGUACACGGAAGUACCUUUGGUUGAAAUGUGUUAGGCAUUUUUCACAAAGCAAAUUACUACCUUCUAGACCUAACUUGUGUUUCACCUUGCCCUUUGCUCCUUAGGUUAUUGUGGUAUCAUUUUCUCUCUGCACACGAUGUAUAUUUGCCAUUUUGUGUGCUGCUAAUAUUUACUUCUCUGUGUAAAACAUUGUAGAUAGUUAUUUGAUUACUUAACGUAGGCAUGCAUAGCCAUUCAGUGUCAUAGGUGCACUACUACGGUAAUGCUAACUUACACAGUUACAGUGGAACCUCGGUUUUCGAACAUAAUCCGUUCCAGAAGCCCGUUUGACUUACAAAACGUUCGAAAACCGAAGCCAUUCAGUUUCUGAGGCGCGUUCGAAAAUGGAAGCAUUCACUUCUGUGUUUUCAGUGAUCAGCUUCCGAAUUGUUUGGCAGCCUAGACGUUUGAAAACCGAGGUUUGACUGUACUCUAGAUUCACCCCUGUAUGUCAAGCGUUAGAUGUUUCAGCUGGCAAUUUACUGUUUUGUUACGUUUAAGAGUAGCGCUUUGAAGGAUUCAAAGUUAUUUUAAAAUUUUAUUUCUUAUGCUUUGAUAAUUAUAAUUCUGUGUGCACCAGUAUUUAGGAGUUUUGAGACCACAGAGAUUAGCUGGAUUUGGAUGCUACGGUGAUUUCAUAAGUUGGAUGGCAGUGGACACUUGUCCUGUAAAUAAACUGCUUCACUGUGAAUCACUGAACAUUGGAAUUUGAUCCAGGCAUCCAUUGCUUAUAGGGGAAUGUAUAUAAUGUGCUCACACAUGAUUUCUGAAGAUGUCCCUAUAUAAAGAUUGCUCAGUCAAACAAGUGAACCCUUGACUGCAAAAAGUAGCAUGUGGAUCUGCCCUCGCUUUGCAAGCCUGGACAAUUGCUUAACUGCUGUAGAUCAGUAUCUUGCUGUGCAAGGUUUUUUUUUUUUUAUGUGAAUAGGUUUAGGUGCAAAGGCUCUUAUACUAGUGUUGUUUUGUGGAUCAAGAUGUUGCAGUAGUGUAGCAAAUUUCCCCAGCUGUUGGCACCAGCACAACAGUUCAAGACACCACACAAGGUUUUUUUGCAUGAAUGAGAUGUGAAUUGAAUGUGGUUACGUCGUUUGAUAGUGGGGUUGGCAACAGGAAGUGGAAAUUUAUUCAUACCAUUUGUGGUACAGGAAAAUGAAACACCAUACACUAUUGUAAUCAUAUAUUGUUUAACAACAACAACACCCCCCCCAUCUGGGCGGCUUACAGCACAUAUAAAAACAUAACAAAUAGUCAAAAAUUAAAACUUCCUGCCAUGAUAUUGCAAGAGUUGCACCCAGUGCUAGUCCUACACAAAGUAGACACAUUGACGUUAAUAGCCAUGACUAACUUAGUUGCAUUAAUUUUAGUGGGUCUACUCUGUGUAGGACUAGCAUUGGCUACAACCCUAAAUCCAAAACAUGAUUGCCAACCGAGGCCUGCAAUUUGUGCAAGCCAGAGAAUACUAGCAAGGAACAUCAUGUUUUUAAUCAACCUUUUAAAACAGCAGUAGUUUACUCCAGCAGUAAAGUCUUUUGGUUCUGUACUGUUCGUGCUGUUCUUCUCCACUUUGUCCCCAUGCUGAGAACUAAAGUAGUGUCACAGUCCUUUUAAUGAGCAAAGGGUUGCGGGAAGAAGCGUUCUGGGGGACACUCUCCAACUGUUUCUACUCAAGAGAAUAGAAGUGGUUAAUUCACCCUAGUUCCCUUAAACCUUCCAAGGUCAAACAGUACUAAACCACUACUGGCCAUGUGUGAAUCGUCUGAUGGUAGGAGUACACCCAGUAGUUAAACCAGUGGUGAACUGUCUGUGAACACACCCUAUCAAGUUUUCCCUGCUACAAAUGCUGAUGCAGCAACAGCCAUUUUUUGCAGGCAUCCAUAGAAUGUGGCUGCCUGAAAUUCUCGCUUAGGUGUAGGGAGGGUGCUUUACUUUUAACCUCCCUGCCUUCCCCAACAAUCUCAUGUCUUAAGGUAUUCAGACGAGGCCUUGCUUUGCUUUAACUGAUUGGUAGAUGUUCAGAAGAUGGCUGGUGGGCCUCCAGCCUUUUCCAUAAUGGCAUCCCUGUCUCUGUGUCUCCCUGUCAAAAGAAGCCGCCUAGGAAACUCCCUCCUGAUCAUUAGAUGAUCAGCCAUAUCUUUGUUGCAGAGGAAGGCUGAAGGCUCUCUGAGAGCGAGGAAGACUGGUUUCUUGGGCAUUUUUUGUGUGAUGGAUUUUACCUGUGCUUGCUUAAUAGGUACUGUUUAUCUUUUGUAUCUUUUGUAUUGUUUAUCUUUUGUGUGUCUGUCGUUGCAUGGUAAUAUUGAGUCAUGCAUAUUUUUUUGCUUGUUUCAAAGCAUCUUUGAUCAAUGUGUUUCUCUCUGUCUCUCUCUUCUGAAAUAAAUAAAUGGUUCAAUAAACCUAUCUUCUGGAUUAACCCACAGGUUGA